GGCACCUCUUUUGGGCCACUUAAAGCACUGUACAUAACAAAAAAAUCUGAAACACUGCGAAAUCCGAAAUCUCUGAGAGUCUGCAUUUUCCCAUCACGUGACCUGUUCAAGCGAAGCCGAAAUAUUUAUCGUUUUGCGGGAAUGAGACAAUCUGAAUCAUGUCAUCUUCAAGCGCCACAGCAGAGACAACAGGUAAAUCACGUGUAUAUUAUUUGUUAAGAAAUAUUGCCGACAUCUGUUUGCUGGUAGCUUACUAUUUUACUUUUGUUUCGUGGUGACUGAUCGCAGUUUUAACUAAAACUGAACAUAAUCCUGUUAGUUCCCAUUUUAAAUCGCCUUUUAGAGUAUGGUAGGUCUAUAUUGUUUUGAAAAUUCCGUUGAAACAUGGAAGGGCAUUUUUUUAACAACAAUUUGUUGUUUUAUAUAAUGUAGUUGAUAUCAGCACAUGAAGUAGCCUAGCCUAGCCUAUUGCAUUCUGCCAUAGAACAGACAGAUAGGCCUACCAAAAUAAUCUAAUUUCUUGAGUUUCUAAAACAUAAGUGAGUGCUUUAAAGCUUUUCCUGCUUUGAUUUGGCCUGUGUUUUCAAACGUUUUACAUUCUUUAGAUUCGGGUGAUGUUCAGACAAGGAAAAGAAGUGGUAGUUUUGAUUUCAAACAUCCAAAUAUGUCUCUGAGAAGGAUGGUGCUUGUGGGAAAGACUGGAGCUGGUAAAAGUUCCUCAGGAAACACCAUCCUGGGCAGAAAAGCUUUCAGAGCCACACAGAGUGCUUCAUCUGUUACUAAAGAGUGCUGUAAAGAGACUGGAGAGGUGGCUGACCGUCAGCUGAUGCUGGUGGAUUGUCCAGGGAUCUUUGAUACGUCCCUCUCAGAGAAAGAACUCAUAAAGGAGAUGAGUAAAUGCAUAAACAUGACAGCUCCUGGACCUCACGCCAUCAUCCUGGUCAUCAAGCCUGGACCAUUCACAAAAGAAGAGAAGCUCUCUGUGGAGAAGAUCAGAGCCGUCUUUGGAGAAGCAGCAGAUAAACACACGAUCAUCCUCUUCACCCACGGUGAUAAACUCUCAGAAAGCAUCGAGAAGACGCUGAAUGAAGCGCAAGAUGAUUUAAAACAUCUCAUACAAUUAUGCGGUGGACGGUAUCAUGUGUUUGACAACACAAGAGUUUGUGAUCGCAAACAGGUUUUGGAGUUCCUAGAGAAGGUUGAUAACAUGUUGCUCACGAAUGAGGAUAAAUAUUACACCAGUCCUAUGUUUCAGCAUGUGGAAGAAAUGCUGAAAGACAAAGAGGAAGAGCUCAGAAAAGAAUACAGUCAGCUGAUACAGCAACUAACGGCCACGUUUAACGAAGAAAAGACCCAACUGGAGGAGACCAUUAAACACCUGAAAGAAUCUGGGCAGGAAAAAGACCAGAAAAUAAAAGAGUUGGAUGAGCAACUGAAAAAGAAAGACACACAUUUUAAGGAGUUUUUGCGUUUUUAUAAGCAGAAAUGCAGAGCUGCGAGACAAGAGGUGGAAGAGACACAAGUGAAAGAGAACAUCCCAGAGAUCAGAAGACAACUCCAAAAGCUUCGUGUCUGAGAUAUUAAUGAGAGCUCACUGACUGCCAGUAAUCUUCAGUAUCAUUCUUUUUCUCUCUUGUAUAAAGUCAUAUGAAUGAUUUUUGCUAUACAGUUUAGUAUACCGAUUUUCAUUACAGUUUUUCUGAAUUGCUCAAACACAUUUCUUGAAACCAUCAAUCAUUUUCUCAAAACCUUAAACACAAAUCCAAACCUUCAAACUAAAUUCACAGAACCCCUGACUUAAAAUCUCAAAAUCAAACAAAGCUUUCAAAUCAUAUACACAUCAGUCAAUAAUAUACACACUACAGAUCAUUCAUUAGACACUACAACAGAAAAUAUAGAACACAAUGUCCAGUGCAUGUAGUUACAAAAAACUGUUCAUUGUAAAUAGUAAAUAUUUUGCAAUACUGUAAAAAAACAAAAAACAAGAAAGACCUAAGUUUGGUGAAUAUAUAUAUAUACACGUACUGUAAAAUAAAGUGCAACCGGUUUAUUUGACAAACCAACCGAGAGAUUUAUUUAAAAAAUUGGUCUAGGCAUUUGAGAAUUUGGUUCAGAGAAUAGGUUUUAGUGUCUUAGCAAAAGCAUUAAUUUAUCCAGUGGGUUCUCUCAUAUUUGGAUGUAGUCCUGGUUAUGCAUGGUGUCAGUAGUGCGUUUACUUGUUUACCCGUCAUCACAAACUCGUAACUAACUUAACGGCUAUCUGUCUUCUGUGAAAUGUUUUGUUUGAAAAAUGUGCCAGUUUUUUUAUGUCUGAAAAAAAUAUAUAAAAUAGUCAAAUCAUGUGUCAUUUUUAUGUAAUGACUUUCACUUUUUGUGUGCAGGAUACAUUUUUGAUACAAAUGUGUCUAAAUACUUUCUGGCGCCUCUCUCUUUGUGUGUGUUUGUGCAUACAGACUUUGGUGACUGCAGCUUAAGGCCUAUUCACAAAACUUUUGAUUAAACUAAAUAAGAUUAUAGAAUAAAAUAUUGCAACAGUGCAUAGUAAAACUAAGAAGCAUAGCAUUAUGAUAGUAGAAUGAUGAGCUUCUCUGCUGGUGAACUGGUGUAAAUAAUUAAUAAAUAAACAAUUUUCAGAUGUUGGUGCA